UCUGGCCAGGACACAGAGCUGUGGGGAGCUUUUCUGGUGCUGCACCAAAACAGCUUUUUCUACAGUGGUUUUUAACGUGUUUUUCAAAGCGCUAUGGAGACUCGAGGACUUUGGUUGAUGUUUUACCUUCUUCUGCUGGCAAACUGCACUUUUCAGCAGAGCACAUCAAAGAGAAGGAAUGGCAAGAAAGACUCUGCGAACAAUGCUGCCAUCGAGGAGCUGAAACAACAAAUAAGUGACAUCGUGCAGGAGCUGAAUGUGAUGAAAGAACAGCAGGCUCUACACACAGUUUGUCUAAGGGGCACAAAGAUCCUCGGCAAGUGUUUCCUGGCUGACUCAGUGAAGAAGACUUUUCAUGCUGCCAGUGAUGACUGCAUCGCUAAAGGAGGCAGCCUGGGCACUCCUCUGACAGGAGACGAGAACGACCAACUCUACAGCUACGUGCGCCAGAGCAUUGGCCCAGAGGAGCAUGUCUGGCUGGGAAUCAAUGACAUGGUGACUGACGGUCAGUGGGUGGACCAGUCGGGGUCCGGUGUGCGCUUUAAGAACUGGGAGACAGAGAUCACUCAGCAGCCAGACGGAGGACGCAGCCAGAACUGUGCCAUCCUCUCCACCACAGCAAAAGGGAAGUGGUUUGAUGAGAGCUGCAAGGCUGAGAAGGCCUCGGUGUGUGAGUUCAACAUCAUCUGAGAGUGUUUGUGACAUUUACAUGCAUUGCUAUCAGGUACAAUUAUGUAAUGCAUUAAAAAAAAACUGUGUACUGCAUCUUUCUUAAUCUCACAUUUUUGACCAAGUCAUUGUAAUGUUGAUGCUCUUGGGCACACUAUGUCAACGUAUAAGCUAAUCUCACUGGCACAUGAUAUUUUACAUAUAUUCAGUAAAAUGUUCUUUAACAUUCCACAUGUUUUGGAACUAAUAUUCAAGAAAGUAAACACCACUGGAUAGCUUCACUUUGUUUUGUAAACAGCAUCUUUUAUAAUGCCUUUCCUAUAUUUUCUUUUUUCCUGUUUCUGACUGUAUAAUUAUAUUGUUUAUAUUACAUUAUGACCAAUAAACGUGUCUUCUCAGAUGCA